GCUAGAAUCGGUCAAAACAGCUUCCAUUUCAAACAUUUAUCAAUAUCCACAAUCCAAAUGAAAAAUGAAUAUUUCCACAUUUUUUCCAAUUUGCCUCUGCACAUUUUCUCUUCCGUGCGCUCAGACAACAGCUACGUCGGCGAAUACUACAGAUUUCUCAAUUAAAUUCUGUUCAUUCACAUUUAAGUUCGAAAAGAUAGCCCAGUCCGCCUGGCUAUUUCGAAUUGUCGGCGCUUUUGUGUGCAAGAGUGUGAAAAAGACGGAAAAUCCAAAAUAUAACAACACAGCGGGGAAUCGAAACAGUACAGACCUACACUUGAACAUGUCUUCAGCGGCCAAUUCGCCUGCGACCAAUUCGAAUUCUGAUGACGAACAAAGCCGAUCGAAAUGGCAUUUACAACUAAAUGCGGACACACCUCCACCAAAUUCAAACACCCCAUUAUCUACGCCCACCUCAUUGCAUUCCAGCGCCGGUGGAGUUAGUGGUGGAGCAACAAAACGUAAAAGUGCGUUUCUUCCAUAUCGUCCACAUGCCACUGUACUUACAAACUUGCAGCGCGGCAAUACUGAAGCUACAUUUUGCCCAGUGGAAGUAGCAUUAUCAUUCCACGAACGUGCCGGUCAAGGUGAGAUCACCGAUGAUCAGGUGCGUAUAGAAUUCGAGCGUAAUGCUCGCAAUAUUGAUUUCAAAGAUGCUACUGGGUUUACUGCUCUACAUUGGGCAUCAUACUACGGUCAGCUAGCUGCCGUACGCUUACUUGUUGAUUCUGGUGCUGAUGUGAAUGCCGAAGCACCUGAAAUGGUAACACCACUUUUGCUUGCAGCCUGUGGUGGUCACAAUGAGGUGGUGCGUUUGUUGCUGGAACAUGGUGCUCGCCCUACACAUAUGGAUAUUGUCGGUAAUACGGCGUUAAUGUAUGCCGCUGCUGGAAAUCACCCACAUACCUGCAACGAAUUGUUAGCCAAAGAUCCGGAUAUGACGGCAACCAAUGAGAAUGGUGAUACCGCAUACUCCUUGGCUGUAGAAAAUGGAGCUGUUUUGGCGCAAGCUGUGCUGGAGCAGUACUUGAGUGCGUUGCUGCUGCUUUAAAAGAAAACUAUUCUCAAAAGGAAUUGAUUAUGAAAACGACUCGUCGGAGGUCGCUGCUGAUGGCUCUAAAUCACGCAAGCGAAGUUGAAAACACAGAGUUACCUCUUAAGUAGCAACAGUUAUUCGUAAAGAUGUGAAAGUUGGGUCCAACGAAAUUUUUAGCAAUUAUCUGAAACUUGAAGCUCUUCUAGAAUAUAUUUACUUUUUCUAGAAUCCCCCUCUACAUUCUUAAAUGUAUCAAACUUAAAAUUUAUCUUAUACAUAGAAAAAGUCAAUACAAUUUCACCGAAUUGUGAAAAUAUUAGAAUUUUUAUUUUUUAUUGCAAAAUAUAUUCUUUGUUGCUGCAGUGUAUCUGAAUUGUAUUUCCUGUUUAUAUUUAGAGCCCACACGUUUUAAUGGUUUCCUCCAGAUGCUGGAAGUCUUGCUACUAUGUAUUUUUAUUGACAAAAAGGAAGAGUAUCUAUUGCCCGUUAUAACUGUGCAACACAACUUUGUUGCAUCUGUUGAUUUAAACACUGCACGUGCUCAUAAAAAUAAUGAAAUAAUUAAAAAUCUAAUUUUACAAUAAUGUUUUUACAAAUAUACGUACAUACAUAUAUAAAUACUGACCUUUUUUUUAAUACAAAUCACUUAAAUAAAUAUGAAUUUAUGUAUGCAUUUUUAAAUGGCGUCUGUGUGCCAUGCAUAUACAUAUGUAUACUCUAUUGAGUUUUGUUUUGCUUAGCUGCUUCUGUCGCUUUAUUUUGCGUUGGGUACUGUACGUAGAAUCAUGUUGUUUUUCAUUUCGAAAAUAUGCUGCAUUCCCAGCCAAUGCAUUCAACAAACAGCAAGCGAGCUAGCGAGGCAAUUCCAAUAGCGCAGCCAGGCCAAUCGACGUCAACAAACCGACGACGACCAGCCGAGCAUCGAAACAAACAAUGGUGCAACCAGCUUAACUGGUGGCAUCUGGUACGCUGCAUCAUACAUACGUACAUACUACGUAGAUGUUGAUGAUGAAGAUGACGACGAUGAUGAUGUUGUGCAUAUAUCAACAAAAACAAAGCUGCAGCGUUGUGCCAGUUUAUUUGUUGCAGUCGUCGAGCUCGAGAGCUGCGUUGCAUCUGUUUUCUCCGGUGUUCGUUGCAGCCGGCAUCUGAAAUGUUGUUGACAUCUUUGUUGUUGGUAUUUUCGCCUAUGCUCUCCAUCUCUCUUCUGCACACUCAAUCGCUCUAUGUUGCGGCUGUGCUGCCUUUUCGAAAUGAUUUUCUCUUUUACGAACCUAUUCGUUUACCAUCUGCUUUCGCUCUUUGCAUUUGUGCAUUUGUUUUUAUUGCAUUUCUAAAAUUUUUUCCCUCAUUGUAUAUUUUCUCAUUGGAUAUGCCAUUGCAUCCAAAUGUCAAUAAUAAUAAUAACAAAAACAACAACAACAUUGUCAAUGCCUAUUUUAAGGUGUUUGCCUUUUCCGUUGUGCAUCUUUUCUAUACAUAUUCGUUUUUUGCUUUUGUUUUGAUUUGAUUUGCUGUACAGUUGCAGACAUAAAAAUACAUACAUAUGAGUGUAUUGUUGCAUGCGUUUAAUAAAUAGCAUAGAGCUAAGUCUGUUCUAUAACACAAAAGUUAGAAACUUUAUUUUUUUUUACAACUUUCUAUAUUUUGAGCUUUGAAAUGGAAUACGCCUCGGGUUUCUUAAAGAGGCAAAAUAAUAUAUCGCGUUGAAAAGUUUUUUUAAUGGUGCCUGGCCGUGUAAAAUAUUGGUCAUGGACCCGCCUACCACUGGAAAAGCAACUUUGGAGUUCAAAUGUGUUACAAAAAUAAGGCAUCUGGUAGGAACUUGCUUUGAGCCAACAAAAACUUCCAAGUUCUCCAAAACUGAAUGAAGCAUCGUUAAAGUUUGAAAAAACUCCCGAAUAAAUAAGCUACAUUUA